UUAAUGAUCUCUAUAUACAAAAAAAAUCACCUUCACAACCAAUUGAGGAUAUAAUUGAUAUAACACCUUCUCUGGAAUAUAUUACAUUAAUAGGGCACAACAAAGACAUAACAAUUCAAGAUCUGACCAAAAAAACUACAUUUUUGAUUGCAAUUACAUCAGCCUCAAGACCCAGCGACCUGUAUCAUAUAUCAUUAGAAUCAAUGACUAAAAUAGAAAAUGGAUUUUCACUUGACAUAGUUAGCCCCAAAGAAUACAAUAUUUCUUUGGCACAUAGGG